AUGGCGUCACAGGCCUUUGAUCCGACUGUACUGCCGCCGGCCAGCCCUUGCCCGUUCUGUAAGAUCUCGACAGCCUACGCGACCUUCGAUCCAACCUCACCACCGGGCGCUGAUGAGUCUCUCCUCGACCCUGAGAAGAUUGCCCCUGCUAGUUUCAUUGUGCUCUCAACGCCAGUCCUUCUAGCAUUUCUCGAUAUUUUACCACUAUCUACAGGUCACCUACUGCUCUGCCCACGACGUCACGCAUCCAAGCUGACGGACGUGACUGCGAGCGAAGCCGCCGAACUUGGUACAUAUUUACGGAUAUUGAGCAAAGCCUUGGUUCAUGCAACCGGAGUAGGCGACUGGAAUGUCGUCCAGAACAACGGCGCCGCCGCCGCGCAAGUCGUGGAUCACGUACACUACCACCUCAUUCCCCGACCAGAAAUUCGAGCCAGCGGUAAACUACGGGAGAGCUUCACUAUGUUCGGACGGGGCCAACGAGAAGAGCUCGAUGACGAUGAGGCCGUUGUGCUCGCUGCCAAGAUACGAGACGGUAUAGCUGCCAUCAUGCGCGAAGAAAACAGUAGGGGCAAGCUCUAA